AUACAUCAGCCGUGUUGACAAAAUCAUGGCGACCUCAAUGUCACUUCUAGGUUUUGGACGUGUUUCCCCGCUAAAUACAGCCGUAAAAAUAUUCCUGAAUUCUACAAGGUCGGUUAGCACGUCGGGAUGGAGGCUGGCAGAGAAAAACGGACAAGACACGCAGCUCAUCACCGUGGACGAGAAGCUGGACAUUUCCUGUUUGACCGGGGUUCCUGAAGAACACAUCAAGACCCGGAAAGUGCACAUCUUUGUUCCGGCCCGCACCGCCAUGCAGUCGGGUGCGCAUGGAAUCAAGAAGUGGAAGAUGGACUUUGACACCAGGGAACGCUGGGAGAACCCUCUGAUGGGUUGGGCCUCCACGGCUGACCCCAUGUCCAAUGUGAACCUAACGUUCAGUUCCAAGGAGGACGCAAUCGACUUUGCAGAGAAAAAUGGUUGGAGCUACGACAUCACAGAGAAAAUGGAAAAGAAGCCGAGGGCAAAGUCGUACGGAGCCAACUUCUCCUGGGAUAAGAGGACCAGGAGGUCCGCUAAGUAGACCGGACCGACCCGGUCUGAAGACACACACCUGUUGUUGCUGUCUGUCUGCUCUUCUUCAGAACCGACCUGUUAAUGCCCUCUACUUUAGUAUUAAAUUAACAAAUCUAUAUUUA